UCAGUAACUCUGGAGCAGAACUUUAAAGGACUGCUAACCAGAUUACCUUAGCCUCAGCUGUCUUCUGAUUGGCUGUCCACUCCAAACAGUAGAGUCACAUGACCACCAGUCAACGCAUCAAACAGGAAGCAGAGUCAAGCGUAUCAGGAUGGCUGCUCUCCUCCUCACUGUCCUCCUGGCUGCUCCGGUCCUGCUGGUCGCCUCUGACCCGGUUCAUGACUCCAACAACGGGACGGUCCCUCUGGUUCUGUGGCAUGGAAUGGGUGACAGCUGCUGCAACCCGCUCAGCAUGGGCGCCUUUAAGAAGAUGAUGGAGCAGGAGAUCCCAGGAAUCUAUGUGCUCUCUCUGAUGAUCGGGAAGGACGUGGUGCAGGACAUGGAGAAUGGGUUUUUCCUUGACGUGAACUCUCAGGUGUCGAUGGUGUGCAGCCAGUUGGCUCAGGACCCCAAGCUGCAGGGAGGAUACAACGCCAUGGGCUUCUCUCAGGGAGCUCAGUUUCUGAGGGCUGUGGCUCAGCGCUGUCCUUCACCACCAAUGAGAAAGCUGAUCUCUGUUGGUGGGCAGCAUCAAGGUGUGUACGGGCUGCCCAGGUGUCCUGGUGAGAGCUCCCACAUCUGCGACAUGAUCCGUGAAGCUCUGAACCACGGGGCGUACAGCGACCUGGUCCAGAAACACCUCGUACAGGCCCAGUACUGGCACGACCCGCUCAACGACGACCUCUACAAGACGCACAGCUUGUUCCUGGCCGACAUCAACCAGGAGCGGGUGGUAAAUGAGACGUACAGGAAGAACCUGCAGCAGCUGGAGAAGUUUGUCAUGGUGAAGUUCCUGCAGGACACUGUGGUGGAUCCUGUUGAUACCGAGUGGUUUGGUUUCCUGAAGUCGGGCCAGGCCAAAGAGACUGAGACUCUGCAGGAGAGCGUUCUCUACAAAGAGGACCGUCUGGGUCUGGCCGCCAUGGAUAAAGCUCAGAAGCUGGUUUUUCUCUCCACGGAUGGGGACCACCUCCAAUUCACCACCGAGUGGUUCAACUCCAACCUGCUACCAUUCCUGAGGUAGACCUGUAGGUGGCGCUGCAGCAGAAACUCCUCUUUCUUUGCACUGAUGCUUGUUGCACAUUGAGCAUGUUUUCAGGUAAUUUUAGCUUUCUGCAGGACUAGGUCUGUUCUGAAUGAUGAUGUUGACAAACUGCUUCUGUAAAAUUCAACUUUUAACCCAAUAAAGACAAACUUCCUAGUUUUA